AUGACAACUAGCAAGACAAUAGACACAUAUGUCAAUAUUCAAUUACCAGAGACUGAAAGAAGUGAUGCUCUCAAUGUAAUCUUGAUGGGUAUGUACAGAGUCAGACAAAAAAAGAGAGGAGAUAUGAUGAUGAUGAUGAUGAUUUAUUUAUGUAUUAAUGACUCAUUCAUUUAUAUGCAAUAUUUAGAUGUUAAUUCAAAAAGAUUAGAAUUACAUCAAUUUGUUAAAAUGUUGGGAGACUAUUUACAGAAUAGAGAUAAUCUACUUAGAUCAAGAGGUACAUUAUUAUUGACAGAGGUGUUGUGUAGACUACCCAACCUACAACUAAACGAACAACAAUUAUCAUUCUUUGGAGAGUUUUAUAUCGAUCGACUCAAAGACUAUGCCUGUUCAAGUGAAGUGGUCAAGGGUAUCUAUGCAUUGGUGGCACACCAUAAACUCGAAUACCCGUACAAUCAAAAGAUGCUCCGUACUCUAUUUUCAGAGGUUCAUCCUUCAUCACUACCACAGACACACAGAAAGAUGGUACUCCAAAUCAUCGAUAUUCUCUUUGCAAGACAUCUCGCAGAGAUACAAGCAAUGGGUAAUGACUUUAUGGUCGGUUAUCUACAAUUCAUCGAUGGUGAAAAGGAUCCACGCAACUUGAUGUUCUCAUUCAACCUUUUACCAACCGUCGUUCGUUGUAUCCCACAAUAUGCAAGUUUUGCAGAUUCACUCUUUGAAAUUCUAUCUUGUUAUUAUCCAAUUUCAUUCAAUCCAAAACAAUCUGAUCCCAAUGCUAUUACUAGAGUUGAUUUAACUAGUUCUUUAUUAAAAUGUUUUGCAUCAACACCAUUAUUUGCAGAACACUCUGUACCAUUCUUACUUGAAAAGAUUAGUGCCAAUGUUGUUGAUACAAAGAUUGAAUCGAUGCAAACAUUGGUGACAUGUUCAUUGGCCUAUGGUGCCAAAGCAAUGGCUCCACUUUUAGAGGAUGUUUGGGGUACUUUGAGUAACCAAAUCUUGACACACAAAAAUAGUCAAGUCAUUGAAGAAUCUAAAAAGACAAUCUUUCAAAUCACUAGACAACUGUCUACUUUACCUGCCGAUAAACCAAUCCUAGAAUCAUUUUUAAAUCUUAUCAACAAAGAAUGUAUUCAUCAUAUUAAAACAUCUCAAGAUUCAAAAUUGGCUGUUAGUUGUGCUUCAAUUUUAGUUCAAACUAUUAGUGCUUCAGUUGUAUCUUCAAGAAUUGUUUUAUCAUAUAUUCUACCACAUUUACUCGAAUUUUAUAAUCAAUUGGUAUUGGAAAUUGAACAAGAUCCAGUUCACAAAUCAAAUGAACAAAUUUCAAUUGUUGGUUUAUUAAAUGAUUUAUUAAAGGCAAAUAUUUUAUCAUUCCAAACAUUUUAUAAAAAUCAUCAAGAUGAAGAAAAUCCAAUUUUAUCAUUUUCAAAUAGAUUAUAUGAUUUAUUCCUUGGAUUAUUAUCAAAUCAAUCAAUUCUAGUUAGAUCAUUAUCACUUGAAUGUUUAUCAAAUCUUUACAUUUCAAUUAGAUCUCACAAGGAAACUGAUUCUGGAUCAUCAAAGAAUGAUGAAGAACUUAUUUUGGAAAAAGAUAAAAGACAAACCAUUAUUAAAUCAUUUAUUUCAUUAUUAAAUGAUUUUGAUGAUAGUUUAAGAACUAAAUCAUUGGAUUGUUUAAUGACAAUUGCUAAAAAUGAACAAAUUGAAAUAUUAAAUGAAUAUGCAAUCCCAACUUUAUUACAAAUGAUUAAUACCAACAACAUUAACAAUAAUAAUGGAGAUUCAUCAUCAUCAUCGACAACAUUGAAAGAAACCAAAAAUUAUUUAAAUGCAUUUACAUCCUUGUGUACGAUUAAACCAUUAUUAGCAAGUGUAAUGCCACAUAUUCAAUCAUUAUUAUUAAAUAAUAUUAAAUCAAAAUAUAUUUCAAAUGAAUCAUUGGAAAGUAUAUUUAUGAAAUCAAUUGAUGAAUCUGUCAUUCAAAACAAUUAUGAUCAUUUAUUAUUUGGUUUAAUUUCACAACUAUUUAUUAUGAUAUUGGAUAAUAAUAGUAAUUCACUUUAUAAUUCAAAAUUAUUACCAAUUUCAAUUAUUAUUAUUCAUUCUAUUAUUCAAAAUAUUAAUCAAUCGAAUCAAAAACAAAUAAUUGAAAAAAUAAUUGAUAUUUAUAUUAAUAAUAAUAUCAACUUGUUGAAUGGAUUACAACAUAUUUCAUCUUGGGAACCAUUCAUAUCAUCAACACAACAACAACAAUUAUUGAUUCCAAUUUUUUCGAUUAUUUUAUCACAAGCCAAAUUUGAUAUUACCAAUGCAACAGAUUUGAUUAGUGUUGAAAAGGUUCAACAAAUCCAACAAUCAUUAUUUGAAAAGGUUAUCAAAUCUGAUAUUUCAAUUGCUUCCAUUUCAUGUGCACAAUGUUUAUCGGCCAUUGUAAACAAAAGCACUGGCAACUCUAAUAAUAAUCUAAUCGAAAAGAUCUUACCAAUCAUUAAUGACAAUAGCAAUAACACAAACAAAAAGGAGAAAUUAAACGCAUUGAAUCUUUUAGUUUGGAUUACAAAGGCAUAUUUGAUUAAUGGUAAUAGUCAAAGUAUUCAACUUGGUCGUGUAUUGAGCGAUAUGGUUUCAUCACCAGACCAAGACAUUUCAAACAGAGCAGCUCAAUCAUUUGAUAUUUUAUUAAAUGAAGUUGAACUUUCAGAAACUAAACAGCCAUCAACAACAAGUAAUAGCAAUGAAUCAAUUAUUAUCUCGACCAUCACCAAUUUACCAAUUCUUUCAAGCAAGUCUGGUGCAGUGAUCAAAGUAUUACAUCAACAAAAAUUCUUUACUUUAAUGUUCCCUAUUCUAUUAGAGGCAUUCAAGCAAAGUAAAUUGUCACAAUAUUUGGUUGCUAUUACCAACCUCUUAAGAAAUGUUUCAAAGGAAGUAUUGUUGAGUGAAUUGGGCGAAGUAUUACCAAUCGUAUUACAAUCUUUACAACAACAACAACAACAAGCAGAUCAAAGUCAAAAUCAAAGUCAAUUACUUGGUAGUAGUUUGGAAACUUUAUUAAUGUUGGUAAAAGAUGUACCAAACUCGAUUUCACCUUAUCUUGGAUCUCUUAUUCCUUCUCUUAUUACCAUUUCAACUACUGGUCAAUUAUUGACAUUACGUCAAUCAAGUUUAGAAGUUUUGACCUAUUUAUCAAAAUCAUUACCAUAUCAAAAACUUUAUCCAUACAAACAAAGUGUUAUCAAUGGUAUAAAGCCAGCACUCGAUGACAAAAAGAGAUUAGUUAGAAGAGAAGCAACUACCUGUAGAAAUUGUUGGUAUAUUUUAUCAUAG